AUGUUCAAGCUUGUUCGGACUAUUUUAUGUGAUUGCGUGGAUCGAGCACCACCUAACAAACCUUCAUCAUGUCCAGCACUUAAACAUCUUUGCAAAGACCCUUUGUACGAACAAUUAAUGUCCACUGAAUGCCCUAAAACUUGUGGAAAAUGCCCCACUCCGACUCAUCAAAUCAGUGACUUUAUUAAAUUAGGCACACAAUGA